CGGGACAAACAUAACGCCAGAAACCGAGGAGGCUGUGUGAACUGCUGGAUAACAAGAUCUUCUUUAAAACAGGUCUGUUUUUCCGAACUACAGAGAUCAAGAUUAAAAUACAGAAAUAAUUCCUGUUAUUCUACAAGUGAAGGAGCCACUUCAACAUGACUGAUACAGACACAUGCAGAAUGAUGAAUCGGGAACAAAGAGACCUAAUGGAACUGGAAGAAACAUCAGGAUCAUCAAGGAAGCAAAAAACAGAAGCAAGCAAAUCUUUUAUUUGCUCUCAUUGUGGAAAAGGAUUUGACAGCAAAGGACACCUCGCGGCGCACAUGAGAAUCCACAACAGAGAAACGUCUGUCAUCUGUCCUCAAUGUGAAAAAUGCUUCCCAAGUAAAAAAACACUUGAAGUUCACACGAGAGUUCACACUAGAGAACGCCCGUACACAUGUCCUCAGUGUGGAAAGGGUUUCGGACAGAAAGGCAGUCUGGAUUAUCACAUGAGAGAUCACACUGGAGAGCGGCCGUACACAUGUGUUGAGUGUGGAAAGAGCUUCAUACAUCAACCAAAUCUUAAUAGACACAUGAAAAUUCACACUAGAGAGCACCCAUACACAUGUCCUCAGUGUGGAAAGAGUUUCAUACAGAAAGGCAGUCUGGAUUAUCACAUGAGAGUUCACACUGGAGAGCGGCCAUACACAUGUGCUCAUUGUGGAAAGGGUUUUGCCACAAAACAAAUGCUUACAGUUCACAUGAGAGUUCACACUGGAGAGUGUCCGUACACAUGCAGUGAGUGUGGAAAGAGUUUCGGACAGAAAGGCAUUCUGGAUUAUCACAUGAGAGUUCACACCGGAGAGCGCCCGUACACAUGUGUUCAGUGUGGAAAGGGUUUCAUACAGAAAGGCAAUCUGGAUUAUCACAUGAGAGUUCACACUGGAGAACGCCCAUACACAUGUGUUCAGUGUGGAAAGAGUUUUGCCACAAAACAAAUGCUUACAGUUCACAUGAGAGUUCACACUGGAGAGUGUCCGUACACAUGCAGUGAGUGUGGAAAGAGUUUCGGACAGAAAGGCAUUCUGGAUUAUCACAUGAGAGUUCACACCGGAGAGCGCCCGUACACGUGUGUUCAGUGUGGAAAGAGUUUCAAAGUGAAGACAUCUCAUAGACAGCACAUGAGAGUUCACACUGGAGAUCGUCCAUACACAUGUAUUGAGUGUGGAAAGAGUUUCGGACAGAAAGGCAUUCUGGAUUAUCACAUGAGAGUUCACACUGGAGAGCACCCUUACACAUGCAGUGAGUGUGGAAAGAGUUUCAUACAGAAAUCAAAUCUUCAAGUACAUAUGAAAGUUCACACUGGAGAGCGUCCAUACUCUUGUGUUCAGUGUGGAAAGAGUUUUGCAACUAAACAAAGUCUUCAAGUACAUAUGAGAGUUCACACUGGAGAGUGCCCGUACACAUGUGUUGAGCGUGGAAAGAGUUUCAGACACAAAGGCAAUCUCGAGCAUCACAUGAAAAGUGGACACAUGUCUCGAGUGUGGAAAGGGUUUCGCAACCAAGAAAGGCCUUAAAAUUCACACGAGAAUUCACAGAGGCCAUUUUACAGUGCACAUGGAGUCAGACUGGGGAAAAGUGCACAUGUGUUCACAAGCAAAGGAAGACUUGAUAUCAAAAGUGAUUAUGUGUGCACAUUAUACAAUAAAACAAGUUAUGCAAAUACAAUAAUGGUUACUUUAAUACGUAUUUUUUUGUGAUAAUUAACACUUUUUCUUAAUGAAUUUCACAGAUAUGUGCGAUUUUGGCAUACAAUAAAAACAGUAA